AUCUCCUUCUGGCUGAACCGCAGUCGCAUAUAUCUCGAUUUGGUUUAGCGUGGUGCUUAACCUCAGGUCCGAGCUUGAGGCUCAGUUGACAGAGUGAUACCAGAUGAACCAAUAUCAUCACCAAGGAGCUUAGGACCUGGCAACAAUUUCCAAGCAAUCAAUCAUCCCUCAAGGCUGUUCUCUCUUGUUGAGACGAAUACGAAGCCAAAUCUUACCUGAACAAUCUAUCCCGUCUCAACUUCUGAGUCCUGAGCUUCUCGCACUGCUCUGAACUGAUCCUCCGCGGUCCUGCCUGCCUCCCAUGGCCGAAACCAACGGCGUUGCGCCUCAGCGCCCUCCAUCUUCCGGGCCCCAGGCGCCUACAGAAAACCGACUUACUGCACCGCCAGCACCAGCACCAGCACCAGCAACAGGAGCAACUACACCAAACGCCAGCGGCGCUACUGGCCCUCUUCCAUCAUCAUCCUCAUCAACAAGCAAUAUCGCCCAGCCCGAGUUUCCCGCGACUUCACUCAACGACGAUGGUCUCUCGCGGCGACCACGCGACGCGCGGCUUAUCCACAUGGUUCUCGCGAAUCUCGGCGUCACAGCCUAUCAAGAACGCGUCCCGCUACAGCUUCUCGACUUUGCAUACCGGUAUACCUCUUCCACCCUGCAGGACGCAUUACACUUUACCAUUGAAGGCUACGGCACCUCGGGAGGCAGCGCGGGGCUCGUGAAUAAUCCCAACGAUCUCAACUCUGUUUCUCUCCCUGCGCUGCGCUUGAGCAUCGCCAGCCGCUUGAAUUACCAGUUCAACCCUUCGCUGCCCAAGGAGUUUCUUCUAGAGCUCGCGCAGGAAAGGAACAAAGUGGCCCUGCCGAAUGUUGGGCGCGAGUGGGGGCUGCGAUUACCCCCCGAGCGCUACUGUCUGACUGGAGUCGGGUGGGGCUUGAAAGAA